AUGGUGCUCUUUUGCACCACCGCCACCACAAACGCUGUUGGAUGUUUCCCGCCCUCUGAACGACGCGCCUUGCGCACAGAUCUGGAGCCCAUCAACAUUGUGCACAACAACUGGACGACUUCUCGCGUGAGCGCUCAGAUUGCGCGAAUCAUUCUGCAGGAAAAGCUUGGCCUCCAAACUGUUGUGGAAGAGUUCACGACCGAAGUCGCCGCGUUCGAGCAGCUUCACCAAGGCACCGCCGACAUGCUGCUGGAAGCAAACCCUGUUGACAUCCAGGACCUGAUUGAGAACUAUGUCGAGCACGAAGGCACCAUUUUGGAUGUGGGUCCGCUGGGAGUUUACAACGAAUUUGGCUGGUACAUUCCCGAGUAUGUGUGGAACAUUAGCAACAAGCUCGACACGUACACUGGCUUCAUGGACGAGAAUGUGAUUGCCUUGUUCCACCUAGACAAUGUCACGUCGGUGACACACAUUGACAACACGACCCUGCACACGGCUUUCGCAGCAAUCGAGCAGGUUCUGGCCAGCGCCUCGUGCAAUCCCGACCUGAACGCGACUGUAACUCCCGGGGAUUGCACGGCUGCUGUCGAGGCAAUGAUCGAGCACUUGCGCGACAUCGCGCACCUCCAUUACGCCGACAACACCAUCACCCUUUGGACCAUGCCAGAAGCGUUCGCAACUCUGGAUAACACAAUCAUUGCGAAUCUCGAGCUGCCCAUGCAUACGCUGGUUCCUAUCCCGUCCAACCUGAAUCGCGAGCACACCGAAGAGGCCCUCUCCGUGGUGAUUCAAGAGGCGUAUGCGCAACACAAGCCAUUUAUCACGUACUUUUGGGAACCGCACUACUUGUUCGCUCCCGACUCGUCCGUGAAGCUUCGCAGGGUUCAACUGCCGCACUUUAACGCGGAUCACUGCAACAUUUCAAGCUCUGAAUACCGCUGCGAGUACCAGACCAACACGAUGCGCAAGAUGGUUGCUGCUAGCCUCCAAACCAAAAACAUUAUCGCCUUUGAUUUUGCCAAGGUUCUUCAUUAUGACGAGCAGGAACUCGAGGAGAUGCUUUCGUUGAUAGAACACGCAAACAUGACUGUCGAAGAGGCUGCCUGUUCCUGGCUGCUUGAGCACUAUGAGACAAUGGAAGCACGCAUGCCGGAUCCUUCGCGCCUUGUUACGCCCUCGGAGGUCAACGGCAGCUUGCGCAUCGCUUUUGUCAUUCUCGCCGCUCUGCUCAUCGCCUUCUUCUGCGUUUUGGCUGCUGGUACCUUCCACUACCGCCGCGUUCGUGUGGUGCUGUCUGCAAGCCCCGUGUUCCUGAUGCUCAUGCUGCUCGGCGCUGCUUGGUCCAUGUUCUGGGUCAUUCUGCUCUACGACGACGCGCCGACCGACGCGAUUUGUAUUGCGCGCAUCUGGGCUCGUCAUCUCGGCUUUAGCUUGGUGUUUGGCGCCCUUGCCCUCAAGACCUACCGCAUUGCUGCCAUCUUCAACGUGAAGGCCACCAAAAAGUCCCACCAGCUGACCAACGUUCGCCUUCUGGUCCGAUUUGGUGAAAUCAACCUCUACGUGUGCGCCUUCCUGCUGACGUGGACGGUGGCCGGCGCUCCCACAGCGACAACGCUGGUGUCUCACAACAACAGCUACGCCGUCUGCAGCAUCACUUGGUGGGACAAUGCCAUGUACCUGCAAGAGCUUGCGGCCAUGCUUGGCCUCGCGUUCCUGAGCUACCGCGUGCGCAAGGCACCCUCGGCAUUCAACGAGUGCAAGCACAUGGCGCUCGCCGUGUACAACUGGAUUAUCAUUGGCGUUAUUCUUCAGCUCAUCCUGAACUCGACCACUGGCACGGCCGACUUUUACUUUGCCAUCCAGUCGCUCGAGGUGCUCGUGCCCGUUCCGAUUGCCAUUCUGCUUUUGUUUGUGCCCAAGUUCUACCUGACACUGCGUGGCAAGGGCAGCGAGGUGACGACCUCCAGCUUCCGCGGAUCGAAUCCGAACGGCAGCCACCCGAAGACUCCCUCUGACCCGAGCAACUCGAAUGCCAAGGCGGCGUCUGGCGACAUGGAAAUGUCGUCUGGCAAUGGUGUGGAUAGCGAGACUGGCAGGCCUGAGCUGAGUGGCAAGGCAGCAGCAGCUGAAUACAAGAACAUUCGUCGCGAGAAUAUUCGCCUGAUGCGCGAGAUGGAGGCAAUGCGCACUCAGCUUCUGCGCUUGCACAAUCCUCACUCUGGCACCGUAGAAGUCAUGUAG